AUGUUUGCUGAUGUACAGGCUGACCUUGCAGCUAUGGCUGAGUUACUACUCUACGAAAGAGGAAUAAUCACAAAGGAAAAGGCUUACGAACUUGCAGACAGCAAGGGAUUAUCCGAUGAAGAAAAGCAGAUACUUGCUGAUAUACUUGAUCCGGUUGUUCCUGAGUCAACAGAAGAAACACCUGAAGAGGAAACUUCUGAGGAAGAAUAA